AUGUCACCCCCAGUAGCCGCUGUUGUCGUUGUCUCAGUCGUAGCCACCGUGGUGGUUGCCUACGCUGUUAAAGAGGCGAGCGGUUUAUUUCUCCGAGGCAUUUUGCUUCAUAGGGUUUCGGUAAAGGCUAAGGGUUGGUGGCACGCGCGCAAGCGCGCUUCUGGAACUGCUCCUGUAGAAGUGGCUGCGGCGCCGCCCCCUAGGCGCCAUGCCUUAUCAGACACCUCCAACGCACACACUUUAGGUGAUAGAGAGAAUCAUGCCACCUCUUCGGCUCUGGAGCGUCUAAUUGACAGUGUCUUGGACUCUAAUCAAGUCCGGGAGCGGAAGAACAGACGAAAUGACGAUGCAUCCACCUCGACAGGUGUUGAAAUGAUGGAGCUCGACAAGUCAAAUUUGCCCAUCCCUCAAAUCCCACUGACGCCCUUGUCAUCCGCAGGAAACGCAGUCACUGCGUUGGUACAGCAGCCACCAUCGAUCCUGCCGAACCCGUUUGCUGAUCCGAACCCCGAAUCAACCAAGGCACCUGACUCCGUCCUGCAUGGUUCUACUCCCACACCUCCGAUUGGUGAACUGAGUAAUGACCUUCUCUCCUUCCCUUCUCCAGGGGUAAGCAGACAAUUUACAGACACAUCGCCAUCAACAAACGCCCGUCAUCCAACCCUGUCACACGCAUCCUCUCCCCAUCCUCAGGUCUUCGCUCUUUCUCCUAACAUGGACUUAUCCUCACCUCCUCCUUACAACUACCUCGGCCCCUCGUUCAAUAUGCACAAUGGCGCUCUGGGUGUAUUCGAGAGCUCACCAAAUGCAUGGUCAGAAGCGUCAGUCUCUGCAUUUUCAUGGACGGAUGGUGAAGUUGCGCCAUCCGAAUCAGGGGAGUCGCAUUUGGCAUUUUCCAUCGGCAGUGGGAGCUUUGACGACUUGGGGAUCGAAGAUAUCCGGAAUGCCCACACCCAUAUGAAUGAGAACGUAUCGGAAGCCUCCAGCCCAUCUCAUCACUCCGUUAGUGACCUUGAGCCUAGGGGUGGAGGACCUCUCAGCAUAUCAGAUUGGGAAAGCGUGGGUUCACCCUCUGCUUCAGAAGAUGGCCGUGCGAAAUUGAGAUGAUCUUGACAUGUUGGCUUUGUGUUUUACUCCAUUUGCCAGAUAUAUGCUUUUGGUUUUCCCCGGUUCAGCUUCCGCAUAUUGUUUUCGGGUUUUGGCUGAAAACGUCUAGUGUCUACACACACAGUUCACCCAUUUAUGUACAGUUUCCUCACAUCAGUCUUUUUUUGCCCAUGUGUACACUAACUCUGUCAUCUUUACCGUACUUGUCAGAACACUACAUUUUCGUUAACACGCAUCAACCAUGUACUUUGAUUCUCUUGUGAAUAUCAAAUACAAAUGACGCCCUACCAGCAUGCUGUCAUUAUAC